ACUUGCACGGUUGCACGUACUUCCAGCUUAAACCCCAGAGGUUUUGAAAGUGGCAAAACGUCUCUCAUGGCUUCUCUCUCUUUCACUCAUUUUCUUUCUCCGCCCAGGUGGGAUUUAAAUUGGCAGUAUCGAUCAUCGUUUAACUUAAUACAACUUCAGGAUUUUAGAUUAAAUAAUAAAAGGUGCCUUGCGGCUACUUCAAGGAAGAAAAUUGUGGAGGCUCUAGCUCAGGAGGAAAUGAGUGACAAUGACGUAGUUGCAAAAAAGAAGACAUCCAGGACAUCUAAACGAGCUACCACCAAACGAACUAGGAAGAAACCAGAAACUGAUGCGAUACAGGAGAAUUCUGAAUUGGAGAUAGAUAAGAUAGAUAGUGAUGCUUCAAAUGAGGAAAGUGUCAUUUCUGCAUCAAAUGAAGAUACUAAGAAAACCCCACGAAGGACUCGAAGAAAAGCUGCAUCAGCUUCUACUGGUGUGGAGAAAGAAAAAACCAAGAAGAAAGUGAGGAGGAGAAAAACUACAAAAAAGAUUGGUGAUGUUACAGAGGAUCAAGGUAGUGAAUCUGAUGUUAGUGACGCUGAGGAGUCUAUAUUCGUCACAAAUGUAGUGGAUGAAGGUGAGGGAGACUUAGAGUUGGAAAAGGAUGAGGGAGAAGACAUUAGCUUCACGUAUGGUUGGCCUCCACUUGUUUGUUGCUUUGGAUCUGCGAAACAUGCUUUUGUGCCAUCAGGAAGGCCAGCCAACAGACUACUAGAUUAUGAAAUCCAUGAAAGAAUGAGUGAUGCGCGAUGGGCUCCAGAGAAAUUUAUUAGGGCUCCUGGGGGAUGUGCAGCUAGUGUUGCAAUAGCUCUAGCAAGUUUGGGUGGUAAGGUUGCCUUCAUGGGGAAACUUGGGGAUGAUGAGUAUGGUCAGGCCAUGCUAUAUUACUUAAAUAUGAGUGAUGUUCAAACACGAUCUGUUCGCAUUGACACUAGAAGGAUGACAGCAGUGUCACAGAUGAAGAUUAGUAAGAGAGGUCGUUUCAGAUUGACUUCUGUCAAACCAUGUGCUGAGGAUUCUAUGUCUAAGUCUGAGAUCAAUAUUGAUGUGCUGAAGGAGGCAAAGAUGUUUUACUUCAGCACACAUUCUCUCCUUGAUAAAAACAUGAGAUCAACUACAUCGCAAGCUGUCAAGAUUUCAAAGAAAUUAGGAGGGGUUGUUUUUUAUGAUGUGAACCUUCCCUUGCCAUUAUGGCAGUCUGUUGAAGAAACCAAGAUGUUCAUACAACAAGCUUGGAAUCUUGCCAAUGUUAUUGAGGUUACUAAGCAAGAACUUGAAUUUCUAUGUGGUAUCAAGCCCAGUGAAGAAUUUGACACCAAAAACAAUGCGAGAUCUAAGUUUGUUAAUUAUGAACCAGAAGUGAUUGCUCCACUUUGGCACGAAAAUCUUAAGGUUUUGUUUGUUACAAAUGGGACUUCUAAGAUACACUAUUACACGAAGGAGCACAAUGGUGUGGUUCAUGGGAUGGAGGAUCCACCUCUGACCCCUUUCACUUCUGAUAUGUCAGCAUCUGGAGAUGGCAUCGUUGCAGGUCUCAUGAGAAUGUUGACUGUCCAGCCAGAUCUCAUUACUGAUAAUGACUACUUGGUACGCACACUCAAGUAUGCUAUUGACUGUGGGGUGAUAGAUCAAUGGAAGCUUGCAAGGACUCGUGGAUUCCCUCCUAAAGAAGAUAUGGAAGAAGUGGAACCUGAUCCAAAUGGCAUAAGAUCAAUAUCAGAAAUAGAAUACCGCACCGUUGUCGAGGCUGUCAGUUGAUCCUGUUGUUAGCACAGUUCAUAUGUUCAAUUUUGUUAUAUGCCUUUCCAUGGAAGUUUCUUUCUAAUGUAAAGAAAUCAGAGUCUUUUCUACUACGCCCAACGUUCUGGGUUUCUGAAGGUAACUUUAAUUGUGUAAAACGAAAUUUUUGUUGUACGAUUAGACAUAGAGAAUUGGUAGUUGCCAGGGUCCCUUAACAAGUAUUCUGUGUCUCCAUUUCUGGAACUGUGACUUAAAUCAUAUUUUUUCUGGAAAAAAGGUGAUGGAUACUUGUAAUAACAAUAUCAGUUAGAGGGUUGUGUUGUUAGUGUUGUUCUCCAUAACUCUUCGUAGACAAUAUAUGUUUACUUUUUCUAGUAACUACUAUAAUUUUUC